GUUCUCUAUCUCCCGAUUGACGCGAACUGACGAGUUUUCCCUCUUCUCCGCUCUGCUCUCGCUAUUUGCCGCCGGCGCUGUUUGGCGGUGGUUUCUGCUUUCCUAAGUUACGAACUCAGUUCAAGGCUUCAAGCCAAAGGAAGGCAGAAAUAAAGGAGAUGCAGAUCUUCGUCAAGACGCUCACCGGCAAGACCAUCACUCUCGAGGUCGAGAGCAGCGACACCAUCGACAACGUCAAAGCCAAGAUUCAGGACAAGGAAGGGAUUCCCCCGGAUCAGCAGAGGUUGAUUUUUGCUGGUAAGCAGCUGGAAGAAGGGAGGACGCUUGCUGAUUACAACAUUCAGAAGGAGUCCACACUUCACUUGGUUUUGAGGCUCAGGGGAGGCACCAUGAUCAAGGUCAAAACCCUUACAGGGAAAGAGAUUGAGAUUGACAUUGAACCGAAUGAUACCAUCGACCGAAUCAAGGAACGAGUUGAGGAGAAGGAAGGAAUCCCUCCUGUGCAGCAACGGCUUAUAUAUGCAGGGAAGCAGCUGGCAGAUGACAAGACUGCUCGUGACUACAACAUUGAAGGAGGCUCCGUGCUUCAUCUGGUGCUUGCCCUUAGGGGUGGUAGUAGUUCUUAGGAUUUAGUGUUUUUGAACUCUUUGGUUUCGCUGUUCUGAUAAUUUAGCUAUGGCGUUGGUCGAUGAUAAUGAUGACUGUCAUGUG